AGUCUCCUCAUUCUUCCAUGUGGGUUUUUGUUGUUGUUGUUGUUGUUGGGAAUCUGUAACCUAUAAUGUCUUUACAAAAUGUUUUAACUGCUUUGAUGUGAAAGCUCCCUUUAACUUUGGGGUAAGACUGCCUUGUGGCAGGGCAUCUCCUGACAUGUUUCCUAACAGCUUGAAAUGAAGGGAAAGCAUACUCUUCCUCCUCGAAAUAAACAAGGACUUUUGUACAUUGAGAAACACUGCCCCCCACCCCCACCCCGUGUAGGGCUCUGCACGCACUGGAAGGCUGCUGACUUGCAUGCUUGUAUAUACUCUUGGGAAGGCUUCAUCGAGAUGAAUCGCAUCAAGUGCAGAAGUUCUGAUGUUCUGUUUUUCCGUGGCUCAGGUAUGUGUGGAAGCGAACAUGGCCGUGUGGAGUCCAGAGGACCUAACACACAUCUCAAGUGUUGGGGUAGACCAGUUGUCAGGGGGCUGAGGGCUGGGUUAUCCAACACGGCUGGGUCCCAGUGCUACCUAACACACAACACCUAGGUUUACAAACGCAGCACACAGGUAUCCACAUUCUUCCCGAACGAGCCUUCAGCAUCAGACUGGGCACAUAGACUCGCUUUACAGUAAGAAAAAAGUGCAUAAAAUCGUUUUGUGACUCUGUGAAUAACAUUGAUUUUUUUACAAGCAUUGCAGUCCUACUAUAAGCAUAAAUGUCUCCUUACAGGAGAGUAGAGGGGAGCUGUGGGUGACUCAUUCAUAAAUAAAUGUAUACAUGUAAGAGAGAUGUCCACGAGGCUUAUUUUUUCCUGGAAGGUGGGUGCACAUCUUUCCAGAUUCAAGUUCACACCAGGUGCGUUUCAUCAUAGGUUCACGUCAAGGUCGCACGGACAUAAAAAGAAAUGUCUGUGGUUGGCGUUGUUAGAAGGCUGUGUGUGUGAAAUUGUUGACGAGAGGUGCCUGAUUGUCCUCCAUAUAGGCUGUGCCAAUCCAUGAUAUUCCCAGUGAUGUCUCAGAUAUCUUCCGAAAACCCUCCUGGCUUUAUGGGUCCUUGCCACUGUUAGUUGAAAAUACGGUACGAAAUCAAGGCUUUUACUUUGCAGUUCUCUUAACACAGGUGAGGUUGGGAAUGUGUGUAUGGAAAAUUCACUUCUACGGCCAUUUCUGGGGGACCCGUUUGAAAUGCCCGUUGCCCGUUUUUAUAUGCAUUAUUGGCCCUGCUAUUAUUGAUUCGUGGGAACUCUUUACAUAUGAAAGAUAGUGCCGUUUUUGUUGUGAAGCUUUUUAAAAACUUACUUAAAAUUUUUUUUUCUAAUGUUUAUUUUUGACAGAGACAUAGAGCAUGAGUGGAGGAGGGGCAGAGAGAGAGGGAGACAAAGAAUCCCAAGCAGGCUUCAGGCUGUGAGCUGUCGGCACAGAGCCCGACCUGGGGCUCAAGCCUCUCUCAAAAAUAAAUAGACAUUAAAAAGAAAACAUGCCUCCAUACAGAUUUGAGCAAAGAAUUUCCUUAUAAUUUGUUCAAUAUUCUGCACGUCUGUGGGGAACUCUACAUCCCAUGAUUUUGUAUCCUCUCUGUGUCUCCUGUUUCGGUUCUGAAAUAAUGGUUGGAUGAUGAUUAUCUUUGCCAUUUCUGUGUUUUUAAUUCGUGGCCCUUGUCAUUGGCUUUCUCUGUGUUUCCAGGUUCUUGCACACGGACACCCCUUGAGUCGAACUCUUAAUUUCCCUGAUUCCCCAUCCUUUCUUAUUGAAUAUUGUCAAUAUCCCAGGUCUAUCAUUUCCUCCCGGCUCAACUGUGGACUCUGAAUAUCUUCUUAUUUCUAUUUUCCAGAGAGUCACCAUUUCCCGUUUUUUUUUUUUUCUUUUUUUUUUUUUUUUUUCAACUCAAGGGUUUUUGAAGUGUUUUGCUUUUUAAUGUCCCCGUGAUAUUUCUGUGUUCUCAGCUUUCCUGGACUCGGUGACCAGUCUCCCGUUCUGUUGCCGUGUGUCACCAGGGUGGUGUCUGUAUCAUUUCUGCUUUUUUUUUUUUUUUUCCAGCAAGCGGAAGCUUUUCUUUCUGAAAAAGCUCCCUGAACGUGGAAAUGCGUGUGGAUUCUCGGUGUUUCGGGUGCAGAGGACAGGAACCUGCCUUGUCAGCUGCUGUCUGUGCAGGUCAACGUGACUUUGAUUUGGCCGAUGCCCUCGAUGACCCCGAACCCACCAAGAAGCCAAGCUCAGAUAUCUACCCCAGACCGAAGCCCCCGUAUCACCCACAGCCAGGCAUGCCCGACAACAGCGGAGGCAUCUACCCCCGGCCGAGGCCACCCCCGCGCCCCCAGCCCGGCGGUUCCGACAGCGGUGGAGGUUACUUUGGGAACAGGGACCAGGAUGACGGCCGCUACCCGCCCAGGCCCAGGCCGCCCGCAGCUGGCGGUGGUGGCUACUAUCCCAACAAUGACGGCCACGGAAACGCCUAUGGAGGAGGGCGUUCUAGACCCAACUCUUACGGAAAUAAUUAUGGCGGAGACGGAUACUCCACGUACGGCAACCAGCAAGGUAACACGAUAGCGAAAAUCGUGUCCCCCAUCGUGUCCGUGUUGGUGGUCAUGCUGGUGGGUGCUGCCACGGGGUGGUUCCAACGAAACAGGAGGAGAAAUUGUUUCAGGACAAGAGAACCAGAGCAUGUGUGACGGCUUCAGGAUCCUGCGGUUGCUUUGAGAGAAGCUCAGUGUAGACGAGGUCCCCGAGUAUUGCUCCCGUGACAGCUCCUUCCAUUGCGGACGUCAUCGCCACCCUAAAGCAUCUCUGUCUGGAGGGGACCGACCGCCUGACAAAGAAUUUCUGAUCCGCCGGAUGGGGGAGGGGGGUGUUUAUAAAGAUAAGUUAGCCAAGCCUUGGGUCCUAAGAAGACGGUCUGAUCUGCACGUUCGAUGACUCCUUUGGCCAGAUUGCGAGGCUGUGGUGGGUUCCCCAGAACUACCUCACGGUGCAGGAUGCACACAUUGUCCCAAAGUACAACGGGAGUGCAAAGGCAUAAGGGGUCUCGGGCUGUGGGGUGCUGUCUCCUUCUGGGGGUUUCAGGGGACCCUCCGAGGGUUUCCAGCGGGCUCUGGGGAGAAACCUGAUCCAUGGGAAGUCUUCCUCAAGGAGCCAGCACCCCCCCUUCCAGCUGGAACAGCAGGAUUCCCGCUGCUCAGUGCUGGCCGUGACCAUGUAACCCUUAUUUGCACACAGUAAGGCUGGCAUUUCCACUUGCUGAUGCAUACACUCCCCGAUGUGCAAGACAUCGUGGGCAAUCUGUGCAGACUUUUUCUCUUUUUUUCCUGCGAAAUCUUACGAUUUCGGUAUUUUGGGAAGGGAGAAAAAUUGGGGCCGGCAGUCAUGAUUUGUGCCUGUUGAGUCUUCCCGUAUUAUUUUUCAUGUGAUAGUCUGUAGGCAACUGUGUUGAAGGCGAUGGCAUCCUUUUCCUUGGUUUCUACUUUUUUCCGCCCCUUUUUACUGGAGUAGAAAAUUCUAAGUCCUCAAGCAUCUAAAAAGCAUACUAGGUAUUUGCUUCUAUUUUAGUGACAUUUUAGGGGAAGCUGGGAAAAAGGAAGGAUUUGGGCUCAUUGAGAGUUUCGUCCAACUAACGUAAAUGCUUAUAGGACUUUCGGAGUUUGCCCUAAAUAUCAGCACUGAACAUAAAGACAGUUACUGCAAUCCGGAACUCAUCAGGAGGGCCCAGGAAAGUCCUAAAUUGUUGUAUGCACCACGCUCAUGGUUAUGGACUGGGAGGUAGGUCUCCGGGGAGGACUUGAAUGCAGAAAGACCUAGAAAUAAUUCCCCAAAUAGAAAAGAGAAUUUACAGCUAACGCUCUUGAUGUGAUGUGACUCAUAUGUGAUUGCAGCACUUUCAAGAUGGCCGUGGUUCCCGUCUGGUUGCUAUCGGGAUGGGAAUGUCCUCCGACGUUUCUCCAGUGUCCCCAUCGAGGGACAAAGCCUCGUGGCCCCAACACUCUUUCUGUACUCUUUUCUGCGGGUUUCGGUAGGAGUUUAUUUUGAGUCUUGAUAAAAAGUAUGCGUGUAUGUGGACAGACAGACACAUGCACACCGUCACAGACACUCCUGGACGGAAUGGAAGCAUUCGUAACGACAUAACGUCCAUCGGUUUCCUGUAACUGCCAUAAGUACAUUUUUAUCGUGUAAAAGAAAUGUAAAAAAAAAAAAAAAAUAAAGUAAAUGUAAAAGGAGAAAAGAAUCAACCCCAGG